CGAUGACAGAGCUGGUGCUACUGCUGAUGCAACACACUGACAGGUCCACCCAGCCGGCUUUUCUCACACACGACUCACUGUAAGAAGGCAGGUUUAGAGUGAGAUCUCCCUGCAUCAUGGCAGACCAGCUAAGUCCAGAUGAGAAGUUCCAUCUCAUUACCAGGAACCUUCAGGAGGUUCUUGGAGAGGAGAAGGUGAAGCAGGUCCUGCAGGAGAGAGAGCUGAGGGUGUACUGGGGAACAGCGACCACCGGCAAGCCCCACGUCGCUUACUUUGUCCCCAUGUCCAAGAUAGCGGACUUCCUCAAAGCUGGAUGUGAGGUCACCAUACUGUUUGCAGACUUGCAUGCCUACUUAGACAACAUGAAGGCCCCCUGGGAGCUGCUGGAGCUCAGGGUGAAGUACUAUGAACAGGUCAUUAAGGCCAUGUUGGAGAGCAUUGGCGUGCCUCUGGAAAAACUCAAGUUUGUCAAAGGAACAGACUACCAGCUCAGCAGAGAGUACACGCUGGAUGUGUACCGUCUGUCCUCCAUGGUCACUGAGCAUGAUGCCAAGAAGGCUGGAGCUGAGGUUGUCAAACAAGUGGAGCAUCCUCUGCUGAGUGGUCUGCUCUACCCUGGGCUACAGGCUCUGGAUGAGGAGUACCUGAAGGUAGACGCCCAGUUUGGAGGAGUUGAUCAGAGGAAGAUUUUCACUCUUGCAGAAAAGUACUUGCCGUCCCUCGGUUAUGCGAAGCGGGCCCACCUGAUGAACCCCAUGGUUCCUGGACUGACGGGGGCCAAAAUGAGCUCCUCAGAAGAAGAGUCAAAGAUCGAUUUGCUGGACUCCAAAGAGGACGUCAAGAAGAAGCUGAAGAAGGCUUUCUGUGAGCCAGGCAACAUCCAGAACAACGGAGUCCUUUCCUUCGUCAAAUACGUCCUCUUCCCUCUGCGUGGAGAGUUCUGCAUCAAAAGAGACGCCAAGUUUGGUGGAGAUAAAAUCUACGCUGCAUUUGAGGAGGUGGAGAAGGACUUUUCUGAGGAGGCCAUCCAUCCAGGAGACUUGAAGGCGUCAGUCGAAGCAGCACUGAACGAGCUGCUGGAGCCAAUCAGAAAGAAGUUUGAGUCCCCUGAGCUCAAGAAACUCACCAACUCUGCGUACCCCAGCCAGUCAAAGACGAAAGGAGCAGUAAAGGGUGCCAAGGCAGGAGGAGGAGGAGGAGGAGGAGAUGAUGAUGAGCUGGCUCCUUCCAGACUGGACAUCAGGGUGGGCAAGAUCAUCAGUGUGGAGAAGCAUCCAGACGCUGAUUCGCUGUACCUGGAGAAGAUCGACGUGGGCGAGCCUGAACCCAGGACCGUAGUGAGUGGACUGGUAGCCUACAUAUCCCAGGAGGACUUGCAGGACAGGAUGGUGUUGGUUCUGUGUAAUCUGAAACCUCAGAAGAUGAGAGGGAUUGAGUCUCAAGCCAUGCUGCUGUGUGCCUCCAUUGAGGGGGAGCCGAGGAGGGUGGAGCCUCUGGACCCUCCAGAGGGGUCAUCUCCAGGAGAACGGGUCUUUGUAGAGGGAUAUGAGACGGGCAAACCAGACGACAGACUCAACCCAAAGAAGAAGGUGUGGGAGAAACUACAGGUGGACCUGAAGAUUUCAGACGAGUGUGUGGCUCAGUGGAAGGACAGCCAGCUGAUGACCAAACUUGGACAGAUCACAUGUAAAACACUUAAAGGAGGCAACAUCAGCUAGACACCCGCCCUUUACAUUCACCACUGAUGCUGCUCCUGCCGGCCACAAAAUUCUCAUCCACAAAUCGUCAUGGCAACAGUGGUCAGCCUUCACCUGGAUGUCUUUGUGAAGAACAAUGGGACAUUGAUGCCAAAACUCUCUUACUUUGAUGGCUUACAUAAAUUCCCUCCCAUUACUUUCAAAAUGUAGAAAAUUAAGUGUCUUGUAACUAAUCAUGGCUCGUUUCUGCAGAAGAGACGAUGCACUUAAAGAAUGGAAGUUAUCUUUCUCUGAUGGUUCAGUACCUGCCGUCUGUUCCUGGAGGAUUCUCAGGUGAUUGAAAAGGGACUUCAUGUUUCUCUUCUGGGUUGUAAUCAAACUGUGUUGUUUGCCUUAAUGUCUAAUCUGCAAACAUAAGGACUAAGACUGGGGUUCUGUGUAUCAGCAAUCAGAUGUUUGUAGAAGUCUGAUCUUGUACUGUCACACAUAGAAAGGUUGAACUCAAGGAAGCGUUGUAUAGAAAGAAUAUCCGAUCAUAAAUGUCAUAUAAUGAAAUAAUUCAUGACUAAAAUAAAAGCUACCUGG